UAAAGCACGCAGUAAUUGUCUUCUGCAAGAGUACAAAUACUCUGAAAAUCCCAAGAAUACUUUUUGUGCGAUGUGCUUUUGAUAAAUCUUCAAUAGAUCGUGAGAUGGAUGGUUUACCAUCACUGCUACACCCAUGCUGAAAGUCGUAUGUCAGAGGUUGGCCACAAUACUGUUUGUUUGCUCCGUGUUGCUGUGUUAAAGUCGUCGUUGCUUAUACAAUCAUCACUCUCGAUUGUAUCCGAACUCUCUUUAUCGUUGAUUAUUACGAAGGGAGUCCGUACAGACGUUUCGGCUUAUCUAUUUCAAACUGCAGUCGCCUCUAAUUAAUUGUUUGGCGCACACUUUUGGGACAAUAUAUUGGCACAAUUGUGGCGGAGGCACCCGGUUUCCAGUUAAUUGAACAGACUCGAUUUAGUCAACGUGAUUGACUCGCAAACACCCUGUAAACUGUGUUAUUAGAUGUCAAUCGCUCAAUCGGAGCCGCUUCCAUUCACCAACCUUAAUCCCAGAUUCCAUUAAUUUCGGUCAAUGGCAUUUACCUACUGUAGAUGUUAAAUGCACAUAGAUGAAUAUGAACCAGGUAUUCAGAUGUUACUUUCAGUGAAUAUCAGAAAUAAUUAAAUCACUAGCAAUUUGUGGAUAUUUAUUUACUAGGCUAACUAGUGAAUCAAAAAUACUGAUUAAGUCAGUGAAGGGUUAAUACGUCUGUACAUUCCCGAAAAGUGGCACGUAAGAACCAAGGUAAUCGUAAAUUACCAGGUCUUGAAAUAUGGCAGGGACUUUCGUUGUGGCUUUCGUAUUUGUGUGUGCAGAGUCUGUCCCACCUGCAUCAAUUUCGACGGAAUAUUAUAAGCAGUUUCAUGCUCUGGAUACUGUAGCAAAGAACAAGGUCAACCCUAUUACGGUAGUGGUCCUCAAGUAUUAUCUGGAUUCUCUAUUAAACGCACCUUACACAAUAUCGGAAACAUUACAGACAUUUGUUGAGGAUAAUAUGGAAGAGUACAUAGAACCCGCUGUUGGUGAGAUAUGCGAUAUGUGGAUGGAUUUUGCAAUAGAAAACCUGGAACAAUCGGAUUUAAACGAAUCGGACGAGGAAAUGAAAAGGGAACAGAUUGAAGAGUUUUUUGACGAGUUGAGGUCAGAUUUCGAAAUAAUGACCACCUUGUGGUUCGCCUACCUUCAAAACACCGGAGCAAUCUACGACAAAAACUACUAAAAAAUAGAUGUAUUUUUUGUGUUGUUAAUAAUUGAAAAUAAAAGUUCCCACUUCCAAUUAGAACAUUUUCUAAUGUUAACAACUCAUGCAUCAGCUAGAACUGUUACAUAUACGAAUUUGUUCCAAUUCAUGUAUAAGGAGUGAUGUGUCUUAGUUUUCAAUUAACCGAAACUUUAAGAAGGAACAAUAACGUAUUAAUAAUAGGCUUUCGAUGUUUAAAUUGCACAGGUUGAAGUCGUGUAUGUUGUGUAUUUAUUUUAUGUAUCCAUAUGACAAUAGCAACUGAGAAAUUUCAUUCGAACUUUGAAGUUUCGUCGCGAACGAAUAACAAAAGACAUUCUGUCUGAACUUGAAAUUGAACAAACGCGUUCGCUGUCAUACAAAAAUACUAUUUGGUACCUACUUACUAUAAAAAUUCGAAGUGAAUGUACCUACAAACUAGGUACGGGCAUAAGAUCAUCAACGACUGCAUUGUUUUUCUGGAUAAAAAGUACCCUAAUAUGUCCUUCCUGUACCCCUGAAAAUGACACUGUUUGAGUAGUUAAGGCGUAAAUUCGUUUUAA